UAAUGUUUUUUGCCUUCCAUUGAGCUUGUUUUUAGUUGUAUAUGUUGACUUUAUUGGUCUAAAAUGUGCUUGAAUGUCUGAACCGAUCCAAUAUUACGAGGCCGCUGCGCCUUUGCUCUCAGCUGCUUCGCUGUAGCCGCUGUGUAAAUUGAAUAGGUUAAUUUAACGUUAGCUCACUGCUUAUAAUGUACACAAGAUUGGGUCGAUUAGUGUUGAAUGAAAAUUAAUGUUCCGUUUUUAGGCCUAGGUGACGGCUUUAAAGUGUCAAAUUCUGCCCCAGCGCAUCGAUUGCCUUCCGUUAAGUGAAAUUACUGUUUACAUUUUUCGAUGUUCGGCUAUAACAUUCCGGGUUUUUGGUUAGCUUGUUAGCUAGUUAGUGGUAUCAGAAGCCGACAGUGCGUAGAUUUAGGCUAUUCUCACUUCAAACUAAUUUUAGUUUUACUCUCAUCUUCGUGGUCACUAAGUAUUUUCGAAAUUUCAAUCGAAAUAUCUCAUUAUGGGAGUCAGUUGUUGGUCACAAUGCUAAUUUUAAAUUAGCUAAGUACGAGUGGGAACAUUAGCGGUCUAACUACCCUAUUUUGAAAUAAUUUGUUAAUUACAUUUUUAAAAAAAAAAACAUAAUCUAUAUACUUUUAUGACACCUUUUGGCAAAAAUACCGAAGAUUCACUUCGAUGUAUUUUUUGGCCAAAAGGCAUUUGGGAAUGCAUAUCAGCUGAAAUUUUUCUGCCAGAUGUGUUGUCAAGUUCUACAUGAUCAGAGUAGCUUUUACAGCUUUUGAAAUAUAUUUUUUUAACUACUUCUUUCAUCAUUAGCUUUGUGACUGUGUUGCUUCUGUGCAUUAUUGAGUCAGGAAUAAAUCAUCUCAUUAUGUUUUAAAGUAUUCUUCAAGGUUUAAACCUGGCUUUUAUUGUGGUAGUAACAUCAGCUUUUAAAAAAAUCUUUUUCAGGCUUCCCUAGGGAGUUCAAGUCCAGUUGGCUCUUUAUCAUCGGAGGACCAUGACUUUGACCCAACUGCAGAAAUGUUAGUUCACGAGUUUGAUGAUGAAAGAACUCUUGAGGAAGAAGAGUCUAUAGAAGGUGGAACAAACUUCAACUCUGAACUUGCGGAUCUGGAAAAGGAAGGAAACAUGCCGUUGGAGGAACUUUUGGCUUUAUAUCGCUACGAGGCCUCGGCCAGUAUAGACAGCUCCUCUGGAGACCUGACUGAUGAGCUGCCGGACAUGACUUUGGAUAAGGAAGAAAUAGCUAAAGAUCUGUUGUCUGGAGAUUAUGAGGAGGAGACCCAGUCUUCGGCUGAUGAUCUGACUCCCUCAGUUACCUCACAUGAGGCCACUGAUUUCUUUCCAAGAACACUUCGAUCUAACGCUGUCUCUGACGGGGAUAAAGAAUCAGAAUGUGAUGAAGAUGGCUUAGAUGACACUAGAAAAGAAAUCAUGGUUGGAUCAGAGUACCAAGCAGAAGUUCCUUCAUGCAUUUGUCACUACAAAGAUGGAGAAAAAGUGUAUGAAAAUGACGACGAGUUGAUGUGGAGUCCAGGUGUACUGUCAGAAAACAAGGUGAAGGGAUUCUUGUCUGAUGCGUGGUCAAGGACAGCCAAUGAGAGGACGGGAAAUGACAAAGCAGCGAUGAGUGUUCGAGACAAUGAGCAGGCUUUGCAUGAGCUUGUCAAAUGCAACUACAAUACCCGAGAAGCACUAGAGAGAUACUGCAGCCAUCUAAAAUCCUCAAAAGAAAAAUCCCCCCCAUGGUCGGAGGACGAAUGUAGGAACUUUGAACACGGGCUGCAGAUGCAUGACAAAAAUUUUCACCUCAUUCAGAAACACAAAGUCACAACACGAACAGUUGCAGAGUGCGUGGCGUUUUAUUAUAGGUGGAAAAAGUCCGAGCGCUUUGACUUCUUUGUUCAGCAGAAUCGGUUCGGGAAGAAAAAGUAUAACACCUAUCCAGGUGUAACUGAUCUGAUGGACAGGCUGGUGGAUGAAGCUGAGGGCCUGGCAAUGGACAGCUCCUCCUCUGUGUGUUCAGGAGCAGGUGGAGGAGGGAGGAUGGAAACAACAGAACAGCAGCUCAGUCUGCUCAACUCCAUCACAGCCAGCGACCUUACAGCUUUGAGCAACACUGUAGCUACAGUUUGCUCGCCUGCUGAAGUCAGUUGCCUGGACUCGUACAGCUUUCCCCCACUGGACAGUCUUCAUCGCAGUUCUUUGAGCCACGAUGAAUCCCUGGGAUUUCCCACGAACGGUGGAGACCCCGGCUGCCUCAACAUGCUCGACGCCGGCUUCUACCACUCAGACCUGGGUCAGCUGGGAGGAGUGUGCGUCACGAAGGAGUGCGAACGGCCAUCCAAGAGACUCAAGAUGGCCCUGCCCGACUCUUUUAUCAGUGACGUGUCUGUGGGUAACCUGGGCGUGGACUUUGAAGCGCGGCGAACGACGCAUCACCACAGAAUAACUGGCGCUAAAAUGGCGGUGUCAGUGACGGACUUUGCCAGCUUAGCUGGCAGUGGUGAGCCCAAUGGUUUUCUAGGAGCUCACACACGGCACCACACACAACACACUGCAGCACUUCAGUCCGAGUGAUCUUCCUCGUUUCCUCUCUGUUCUUCCCUUUUGAAACUAUUUUCUUGUUUGUACAUAAGACUGACCUCACUGGAAACUCCGAUUUGUUUAAAAUCUAUAUAAAUAUAUAUCUAUAUGUAUAUAAAUAUACUUUUUUUUUAUUUUUUGUAAUAUGACAUCAGUGAUGUCUACCAUAUAGAACUAAAAUCUUGAUUUCUCUCAAGAGUUAUAUAGCCAUUUAUUUUAUUUUCGUCUGCAUUCUUGAAGUGUGUAACGUCCACAUGCAGUGGGGCCCAGAAGCUGCAGGAGAGCUGGGAAAUCUUCCCUUUGCAUUUACCCACAGCAUCGUCAGAGCUCCAGUUGGUUAUCCUGCCAUUCCUUCAGCUGCCAAAAUCAUGUUAGCAUUUAGUUACCUUUCUUUUUGUGUGUGUCCUGAAGUGGUACUUUUAAUUUAAGAUGUUUAAAGUGCUUUGUUUUACAGGUACCAGAUAGGUGUAGAUUUUCCUAUGUCUACACCUGGGUGCAUAUUGUGUUGGCAACACUAGCACAGAGACUAGCUUGAAAAGAUGUAGCUUUACCCAUGAGGCCCUCUUUGUUUUAUUUUAUUGCUUUUAUUCCUUUUGAAGCUUGUCCAGACCUUUUUUUUCUUCCACGGAUUUUAAGCUUAAUUUGGCGAAACUGAACAUCUUUUUUUUUUUCUGUCAGCCUUAUUCAUCUCCCAUGUUGCAAAACAAAUUCCAUUCAUUUUAAUAUUCCAAACGGUUGGUGCAGGCUGAAACAAUGGGUGUCGCCUUGUUUCCCUGUUCCUCUAGGCAAACUUGCAGCAAUGCAACAAUUUUGCUUGGGUUGAUAGCCAUUGAAACACUGACACAGUAAAGUUUGUAUUUCUUGCUUAUUCCUUUACCCUAAUGAGAUUUCAUUGAGUUCCAAGCUAUGAAUUAUGCUGCUUGUAGUCAGGUUCAGCUGUGUUGUUUUUUUUUUUUUUUUUUUGUAGAAGUGGUAAAAUUAAAGUAGCGCCAUUUGUUGUUUUUUUUUCUGACUUAUUAGCCAGCUCGGGUAAACCUGCUAGCAGUAUUACGUUAAAAGCUUCUGUCAUUUUGUACUGAACCUCUGCCUACCCUGUCCUGACUAGAGAUGCCUUUUUAAAAAUCUGGUUGACAACUUUGUGGGAGUAAAGUAGCAGAAUUGGAGCGGAUUUGCUUGACUGAAGUCCAUAAUUGUGAAAUGUUAAAAAUGUUUAGGCGGUCAGCAUCGGUUCAUCUGAUGCUGUAGUGUUUACUUAAUUUAUCUAUGCAUUGUGCUAUGACUAUUUAGUUUGUUUCAAGGGGCACAUCGUGUUUGUCAAGUCCAGAAAUGUAGUAUUUUAUCAUUUGCAGAGGUUUCUCACCAACCAUUGGUCAUUUUGAAAGUCAUCGGUUUGGUUGAGUAAUUUGGUUUCCAAGCCCAGCAUCAGAAAAGGAAUAUCCACCUUUGUAUUUCAUGUAAAUAUAUAGCAAAUAGCCUUUAAAUAGUCUAUUAACUGACCUCUUACACUUGUGAAUCUGUGUUGAUACAUGAGUCUUUAUUUGAUACCUUGUCAGAAAGGCAAUAAUUUGUAUAUAUGUACAGACUUUUGGGGUUUUGCAUUCUACUUCUUUGGCUUGUUGUUCAAACUUAUUUUUUCUCUUUUUUGAAAAAAACAAACAAAAACAUACUACCCAAACACCAGGACACGGCUGAAAAGACGCAUGCCAGCUGUGCUUGUCCCUGAAGUGUACCACUGAAAACGGCUUUACCUAAAGACGUAUUGAUAUUAACUCAAUGUUGCAAUUUAGUUUUUUUUUGCAUUUGAGACUUGCAGCCAUGUGUAAAAGACGCAUCUUUCUUUCAUUGGGGGAAAAAAACGUCACAUGUCGUGGUCUAUAUCUGUCUUGAUGGUAAAGGGGUGGCUGCUGCUCCAAGUCUGUGGAGAGCUAGUUUCUCUUUUAAUGCAACGUGCAUAAUGCAGUAGGUCCUUCAAGGUCUUCUAGCUUUAGCGGUGCAGUGAUAUUUAUUUCACCUGUGGUUUGUACAAAGAUGAAGAAAACUGUCAGAAUGUAAAGGCCAUUAAGUAGUAAAAGUACAUUUUCACCACCCUGUGAACUCGAAAAUGUGAUAUUCUAUGAGACUUGUGUGCAGGAGAGCACUAAACAAAUUUAUUUUAUAUUUUGUAUUGUGUUUUGAAGUUUAAAAAAAGAGAAAUAAAGCAGUUGUGGUUUUAAAAAAAGAAUAGAGGGAAAAAAAACUCAAAUCCUUUGGAAAAAAGAAAUACCUUUGUGAAUAAAAACCUGCAAAUUUUAAAAAAUGUAUAUCCAGAAAUAUAGACAAUCAAAAACUUCACUAUGAGAAAUGUUCAAGAAGCUAUCUUUAUUGUUUAUAGAAAUUGUACAUAAACAUUGCUGUUCUUUUUCUUCCUUUUGUUAAACAUUAUUUUGUAUUUUAUGUUGUACUUGAAUACCUUGUGUACAGAUCCAGAAAUAAAGCUCUGGAAAAGG